AUGCCGGAAGAAGUGCCUCAUUUUGUACCCCCAGAGAUUCAAAAUAACCCAUUCGGAUGGGGACCGUGCGAAAUGCCUGACCAGUUUAAGGACAUGCCAUAUCAACCGUUCUCAAAAGGAGAUCGUAUUGGAAAAAUUUCUGACUGGACUGGCUUGUCGCAGGACAAGAAAUAUUUGAACAAAUAUCAAUCUCAAUUCGGGGGUGGUACUCAGUAUACAUAUUAUCACGAAGAAGAUGAAAACACAUUCCAUUUAGUUGACACGACUCGUGUACAAAAACCUCCUUACCAGCGGGGUCGUCAUUUCCGUCAAGGAGGUCGUAUGUUGCGAGGACAAGGUGGUCGUGGAGGCAUUUCACGUUUACCUGGUGGUUCUAAUCAAUUCCAAUCCCUUGGAAAAUUGAACAAACUUCAAAGAGAUCGUAAAAAUCCAAAUGCACGUAGAGGUUGGAAUAAUAAGCAAGGGGGACGAUCCAAUAAAAAUAACAUGCAAAUGAAAAGUCGAGAUGCUUCUGUUACUGUAAGAGCUGAUUGGAAUACCAUUGAAGAGAUGGACUUUGUUAGAUUUUCAAAAUUAUCUUUGCCUACUGUUAAAGAACCUGAAGAUCUUGUAUGUUGCGGCUCCUUGGAAUAUUAUGAUAAGUCAUAUGACCGAAUAAAUGUAAAAAACGAAAAGCCAUUGCAACGUGUUGAUAGACUUUUCCAUACUGUUACUACGACUGAUGAUCCAAUUAUACGAAAAUUGGUGAAAACAGUGGGUAAUGUUUAUGCUACAGAUGCUAUAUUAGCAUGCUUAAUGUGUUGUACUCGAUCUAACUACAGUUGGGACAUAGUUAUUGAUAAAGUUGGUGAUAAACUGUUCUUUGACAAGAGAGAUAAUACUGAAUUUGAUUUACUCACUGUGAAUGAAACAGCAGUCGAACCUCCGUCAGAAGAAGCAAAUAGCUUGAAUUCACCCAGGAACUUGGCAUUGGAAGCUACAUUUAUCAACCAUAAUUUUUCUCAACAAGUAUUAAAGACUGGAGAAGCAAGAUACAAGUUUGAUGAACCCAAUCCAUUUGUGUCAGACGAUGAAACUGAUGGAGAAGUAGCUUCUGUUGCUUAUCGAUACCGUAAGUGGGAUUUGGAUAAUGGAAUUGUAUUGGUUGCUAGAUGUGAGCAUGACUCAGUACUACAAGUACCAAAUGGAGAUUUACAGUUUUUGACCAUUAAAGCACUUAAUGAAUGGGACUCAAAGCUGUCUGGUGGAGUAGAUUGGCGUCAUAAGUUAGAUGUACAACGUGGAGGAGUUUUAGCUACUGAAUUACGAAACAAUGCUUGUAAAUUAGCUAAAUGGACUGUACAAGCUUUGCUUGCUGGCUCUGAUUACAUAAAGUUUGGAUAUGUUAGCCGUGUACAAGUGCGUGAUUCGUCCAAACAUGUUAUAUUAGGAACUCAACAAUACAAACCUACUGAGUUUGCAACGCAAAUAAACUUAAACAUGGAUAACGCAUGGGGAAUACUAAGAUGUAUUAUAGAUUUGUGUAUGAAGCAAAAGGAUGGCAAAUAUCUCAUUAUGAAAGACCCGAACAAGCCACUCAUUCGUUUGUAUGAUAUUCCUGAUAACACUUUUGAUUCAGAUAAUGAUGAGAAUGAAGAUGAAGAAAGUGGUGAAAAAUCUACAAUACCAGCUGAACUUCUUCCAUCAAAUCCUUAAAAGAAAUUUUAAAUUACAUCAUGUUUUUUUUUUAAAUUUCAUUAAAAAUAUAAGUUACAGUUUUAUAUUCU